UGCAGUGCCGGCACCCCAGGUUCCAGUCCCGGUUGAGGUGCCGGAUUCUGUCCCAGUUGCUCCUCUUCCAGUCCAGCUCUCUGCUGUGGCCUGUGAGGGCAGUAGAGGAUGGUCCAAGUGCUUGGGCCCUGCACCCACAUGGGAGACCAGGAGGAAGCAUCUGGCUCCUGGCUUCAGAUUGGUGCAGCGCGCUGGCCAUAGUGGCCAUUUGGGGAGUGAACCAACAGAAGGAAGACCUUUCUGUCUGUCUCUCGCAUGUCUAACUCUGCAUGUCAAAAAAAAAAAAAAGAGAGAGAGAGAGAGAGAACUUAGGAGACCUGUUAACCAAAUGGAGUGUGUGGUGGACAUUGUAUCUUGAUUCAAAAGACAACAAUAAUAAGAGAGAAAUCUGAACAUGGAUGGAUAUUAAUAUCAAUUUAAUUAAUGUUUAAAGUUAUUAAAUUAGUAAUGGAAUAUGAACUGUGGGUGAAAGUUUAAGUUUUCUGGAAUGUGGAGAUGCUAGACGAAUACAGUUGAGAAUUUAUGGCGGAGUGAUCAUUUUUGCACCUGCUAAUGAGAACAUGGAGCUUAUUCUCUAUGGGAUCUGAAAUUUUCAAAACAGAAUUUAAAUUGAUACUGUGAGAAGUGGAGGUAACAAAAAGGGACAGCUUUCUGAGACACAGAAUCGUCACUGCUGUCAUAGACUGUGCCUCUAUAUAGACAACCUCUCCAGCCUUUCCCUGUUCAGUCGCCAUCACCUGACAUAACUGCGUUCUGGAAUAGUCUUCAUCAUGCAUUCUUCUACAGUGUGAAUUUGGAGGUGUUUUUCUAGUCAUCCCCGUGGAUUCAUGCAGACUUAGCUACAUGGUGGCAAUGGCAUUGCCAUAUAUGAUCUAUAAGGUUAAUUUCUUAAUGUGCCAACUUCCCAUCAGUAAAGUGGAGAAUUCAUAACAGCCCUUUGUGGUAGGUAAAAUUACUAUCUUCACCUUAUGCAUGAGAAAACUAAGGAGGAGGGAGGUUAAAUAAUUUGUGACUAAUUUUUCCAUGGUUUGUGGCAGUAAAAGGAUUUAAUUCUGAAACUUUGUUAUUGUUAUUCCAAUUAUAUAUUUUUUAAAAUUUUCCUGUACAUAUAAUUUACUUACAGUCAGACUAUUACCUAAAUGUUUUCCCUUUGCCCUAAAUUCGAUAGAUAUCAUUGAAAGAGUCCCUACCAAUAUCAUUUUUCUUGAGUGGCCAAUAAGAUCUGCCACGGCAAAGGUGGCGUUGUGAUCUUAUAUCAUAGCCCCGGGGUAACCACAGAGUUAAAAACUGCAUCCGUUUUUCAUCCCCUAAAAUGCAAGAUCCUAUGAGGACGCGUGGUGGCGCUGCAGGAUAAGCCGGUACAACCCGGAAUGCCGCUGAGGCUCCCUUCCCAGACAAAACAGCCCGCAGAAGCUGGAAGCUCGCGGGUAGCCGGGAUGCGGGAGAGAGAGAAAGGCCGGCUCCUCUAAAAAGGCCUGCUCCCCGAAGUCUUUCUGCCGCCUCGUGCAAGAGCCGCAGUAGCAGAUACUGGAGGGCUCCACAGCUCAGCGGACCCGCCUUCGCAGGAGGCUCAACCAUGGCGGCCAGGCGCAGGCUCCCUGGCAAACAAAGGCAAGUGCUUUUCUUCCUUGUCUUCUCGGGCUUAUCUCUGGCGGGCGCGGCAAAACCGAGGCUCUAUUCCGUGGUGGAGGAGACUGAGGGCAGCUCCACUGUAACCAAUCUAGCAAAGGACCUGAGUCUGGGGCAGGGGGAGCUCUCCAGGCGGGCGGUUAGGGUUGUCUCCAAAGGGAACAGGCUCCGUUUGCAACUCGAUCCGGAGACGGGGGAUUUGCUGCUAACUGAGAAGCUGGACCGCGAGGAAAUCUGCGGGCCUGCGGAGCCCUGCGUGCUGCGUUUCCAGGUGUUGCUGGAGAAUCCCUUGGAAUUUUUCCAAGCUGAGAUACAAGUAAUAGACAUCAAUGACCAUUCUCCCGUGUUCCCGGACAAAGAAAUGUUGCUGAAAAUAUCAGAGAGCAGUCCUCCCGGGACCACGUUUCCUCUGCAAAACGCGCAGGACGUGGACGUAGGCCCCAACGACGUCGACAGCUAUAUCAUCAGUCCCAACUCCUACUUUCGGGUCCUCACACGCAAACGCAGCGAUGGCAAGAAGUACCCCGAGCUGGUGCUGGACCAAGCGCUGGACCGCGAGGAGGAGCCCGAGCUCAGGCUGACGCUCACAGCCCAGGACGGCGGCUCUCCGCCCCGCUCUGGCUCCGCGCAGGUCCGCAUAGAGGUGGUGGACGUCAACGAUAACGCCCCUGAAUUUGGGCAGCCUCUCUACCGGGUGCAGGUCCCCGAGGACAGUCCCACAGGCUUCUUGCUCCUCAGGGUCUCCGCUACGGAUGCAGACACCGGGCUCCACGCCCAGACUUCCUACUCGCUCUUCCAGGCUUCAGACGAGAUCAGCAAAACCUUCGAGCUCAAUGCCCGGACAGGAGAAAUUCGACUGAAAAAGCAACUUGAUUUCGAGAAUAUCCAGUCGUAUGAAGUCACCAUCGAGGCGAGAGACGCCGGCAGCCUUUCUGGGAAAUGCACCGUAUUGAUCCAAGUCUUGGAUGUGAACGACCAUGUUCCAGAAGUUACCAUCUCUGCACUUACCAACCCCAUUCCCGAGAACGCGCCUGAGACGGUGGUGGCAGUUUUCAGCGUAUCAGAUCUUGACUCAGAGGAAAAUGGGAAGAUAAGCUGCUCCAUUCCGGACGAUCUACCCUUCGCGCUAAAAUCUUCUGUGGAGAACUUCUACACCCUGGUAACCGAUGGAGCGCUGGACAGGGAGGCCAGGGCCGAGUACAACAUCACCAUCACCAUGUCCGACCUGGGCACGCCCAGGCUGACCACCCGGCACCACGUCGCGGUGCAGGUGUCCGACGUGAACGACAACGCCCCGGCCUUCAGCCAGGCCGCCUACACCCUGCUGGUGCGCGAGAACAACAGCCCCGGGCUGCUCAUCGGCUCCGUGAGCGCCAGCGACAGGGACGCGGGCGCCAACGCGCAGGUGACCUACUCGCUGCUGCCGCCGCCACAGCAGCCCGACGUGGCGGCGCUCGUGUCGGUGCACGCGGACAGCGGGCAGCUGUACGCGCUGCGCGCGCUCGACUACGAGGCCCUGCGCGCCUUCGAGUUCGGCGUGCGCGCCGCCGACCGCGGCUCCCCGGCGCUGAGCAGCGAGGCGCGCGUGCGCGUGCAGCUGCUGGACUUAAGGAGCUCAGGGUCUAAGGUGCGCAUCGUCCUCUCUCUGAAUAAGCUUGACGCUCCCAAGCAGCGGCUGCUCGUACUAGUGCGCGAUCACGGCGAACUGCCCCCUGUCGGCUAUCAGUCAAAAUGCACGACUGUCCUGGCGCUGGUGGCGGCGCGGCUGUGCGGCGCGGGCGCGGGCGGGGGCGGGGGCGGUGUCGGUGUGGGGGCGGGGUGUGCGGUUGGCGGCGGCGGCGGCGGCGGCGCGGGUGCGGAGGGCCGCUUCCCGGGGCCGCUGCUGGACGUGAGCGGCGGCGGGACGCUGUCGCACAGCUACCAGUACGAGGUGCGCCUGACGGGCGACGCUGGGGCCGGGGAGUUCAAGUUCAUGAAGCCCAUUUUACCUAAUUUCCAAGGCCACUCUCCUGAAUCAGCAAUGGAACCAAACUCAAACUUUAGGAAUGACUUUGAUUUCAGCAUGCAGUUGAAUUAAUGGUUUUUCAUAUUCCAUAUUAUAAAUUUUUUGUGAUAGUUCGCAAAGAAUUGCCUACAGGGGUUCUUUCGUUGUGUAGUCGCUUUAACCUGUAUCUCAUCUUUUUUUCAUGACAAUGUCAGGAUGAAUGCUUCUAAAGAUUCCAUUUCAAACACUGAUGAGGUCACUAGUUGUGCAAACUCUUGUUGUAGGUUACCUUAGAGAAUGGUUAAGAAGGAAAACUGAAUCUAAGGUCAGUUGUAGGUCCUUGUAAGUUUUCUUAGUGGUUGUUAAGCCGGGGCAGUUAAUGCACUAUCCCACUGAGUUCUAUCCAGGAAGGGGAGGAAACUUGUGCAACUGGAAUCUCUGGCUCUUGCUUUAUUUUGCCCUUUAUGCAGAUGAUGUUUUCUGUUAAAAUGCUACAAAGCUGUGAUUCCUUUCAUUAACUAUCAGUGGUUGCUUCAAUGUAAUUUCAAAUCGUUUUCCAGAUAGUUUCCUUGGUGUUCCAAGUGGGAAAAUGCUGCUCCAUAUUUAUCUAGUGAGACGAAGUAGAAUGGUAAUGAAACUGGCUUUUCGCCUUUGGGAGAUACUGACCCUUGGUGAUAGAAACUGCAGGGGCGAUAUCCAUUUAUUUUUUCCAUCUUGAGUCUAAAUUUCACUUGGGGCAUUAAUGUACUGAAUCAAAAGAUUCCAUUUCUCCUCACCUCCUUAGCGGUUAAAAUUGGACUUAAGACAGGUUGUAGUCAAUGAGAUGUAUGUGGAAGUGCUGUAAAGGACUCCCAAGAAGACUUCGUAAAUGGUUAGGAUGCAUCCAGGAAGAGGUCUCCCUUUUUCCUUCUUUAACUGCUCCUUGCUGCCUGGUAUGCAUGUGUUAUGGCUAAUGUACAGACAGCUAUGUUGUACGUUAAUUAUGGAAACCAUGAACUAAGACAUUCUGUACAUAAACUUAAGGAUGAGGGUUCCUGGUAGCCUUGGGGUCAGUGUCAUCCCUAGAUGACCCGCUUUUGAAUUUGUUUUUUACUUCAGAAAGAAAUUGUUUUAUUAAAGCCAUCUUAUUUACUUUAGCUACUUCCAGUGGAAUCUAAUCAUAAUUAUUCAACAGUAAAAAUUUUCUUAACAUGAUAAAUAUAGUGAAAUGCCUAGAUCAUAAGCGUACAGUUUGACCUAAUCUUUUUAAAGUUUUUAUUUCUUGUUUAAAAGAUUUACUUAUUUAUUGAAAUGGCAGAGUUACAGAGAGAGGGAGAGAGCUAUUGAUUUUCCAUCUGCUAGUUCAUGCUCCAAAAAGCUGCAACAGUCAGGUCUGGGCCAGGCCAUAGCCGGGAGCCAGGAGUUUCAUUGGGGUCUCCCAGAUGGGUGCAUGAGCCUAAGUAUUUGGGCCAUCUUCUGCUGCCUUUCAAGGUGCAUUAACAGGGAGCUGGAUCAGAACUAGAGCAGCCAAGAGUUGAAUUGGUGCCCUGUGGGAUGUUGGCAUCGCAGGCAAAACUCUGAGAAGACUGGUUUAUUAUCCCCUUUUUGUAUAUGAGAAAACUGAAGCUUAGAAAUAUUAAGUAACUUGGUCAAAUUCUGCAUAAUAAAAGGAAACAUUUUAAAUAUAAGUGUAACUGAAUCAAAUGCUCCAGAUAUUGAUCAGUAUGCUGUAUCAUUAACUGGUAGCAUUGUUCCCAUAACUAAGGAAGUGAAAUCCAUCUACUAUUCCUACUCCUGUUCUAUAACUUUUAGCCUCUAGGACGCAUUUGUUUCUAUACCAAGGGCCACACUGCUGUAGACCAGUAAGCCCAAAGUUCUUAUAAAAGCAGUGGGUCAAACACUGCAACCAGUCUUCAUGAUGAGGAAAUCAGUCUGAUUAUAUUAUAUUCUUGUAUGUUCUCAGCAUAAUACAUUCAUUAUUGCCAAAAUGGGUGCCCUGAGUACAGACCAGAGCCACCCUGUGGCUGCAUUUGUUGAAUUUCCUAUGCUCUUUCUACACACACAGACACACACGCACACGCACACCUUCUCUUUGGGAAAUUUUAUAAAUUAAUUGAUUUACUUGAAAGGGAGAGUUACAGAGCCAAGGAGAGACAGAAAGAGAGAGAAAGAGGGGGAGAGAGAGAGAGAGAGAGAGAAAGAGAGACUACCCUGCUAUGCCCCAGCACCGGCCUCUCUUCUCAAUUACAUUUUCAGAAGUCCUUUAUUCAAUUAAACAUACCAGAUUACUUUUCAUGUUUCUUAUGGUUGAAAGCAGUUGCUAUUGUAGUACUAGUUUUAAAUGAAGUAACUAAUUUCAGAAAAGUACAAUGUUGUGGGGGAAUUUUUAUGACAACUUAGAGAUUCUGGAAAUUUGAUAGGUUUCAGUUGUUUUCUAUUAAAAUUUAACUAUAUGACUAUAUGACUUUGGCAACUUAUCUCAAAAAUUAUGCUGAAAAAAAUGUGUAGGGAUCAUGUAGUUGCCUGAAACAAUAAAAAGGUAUUUACACUUCUGUAGAUUAGCAGUCUCCCUGGGCUACACUCAAGGUGUCAGCAGGGAGGCAUUCCAUUCUGAUGGCUCUAGAGAAGAAUCUGGUUCAUUGUCUUCCAACUUGCAAACAUUACCCACUUUACUUGACCCAUUGCCCCUUUAUCCAUCUCUAAAACCAGCAGUUUGGUUUCUCUAACCUUGGUUCAGUAGUCAUCUCUCCCAACAAUAGCCAGGAAAGGUUCAGUUCCACAGCACCAAAUAAUACAGGAUAACCUGCUCUUCACAAGGUCUUUACUUUUAGUCACAUUUUCAAAUUUUUUUCCCACAAAAGGUAACAUAUUUACAGAUAUUGUUACAUAUGUUAGUAGUCAUUAUUCUAUCACAGGUUUGGUGCUUAGAAAAUUACCCAGUCUAGCAGUACCACCUGUGGUCAAAGAAGGACCUAUAAAGCUUUUAAAGAAGUUUAGACAUCAUUGAUUUGAUGCUUGAACCUAAGUCUAGCUAGUUAACAAACUUCUAAAACUUCUUAACAGAAACACUGCAUUGAUAAAAUGUGCCCUCGUAUCAGCGUGGUGCGCCGGCCGCAGCGCGCGGGCCGUGGCGGCCAUUGGAGGGUGAACCAACAGCAAAAGGAAGACCUUUCUCUCUGUGUGUCUCUCUCUCUCUCACUGUCCACUCUGCCUGU